CGCGGGAUUCCGCAGAUCUGGGGCGAGCUUGCACAUUAUAUCACCGGCGUAUCUCUCCUUGCUUGCUUACGUUGCCACCACUUCGGCCUCUAUUGCAGAAAUCGCCAUAGACUCUGAAGGGCCGCGGAAUCGGGAAGACCUUGCUGACAGAUUUACACACUCUCCGCAGAGCUGAGUGCACAGUUGAACGGAGACGUGCAGGAGAUUUCAUUUUCCCCAGUUUUGCAUCAACUCUUCGGCCCUGUUAGCUUCUCGGGACGAGCUUCCCCAGCCUCGACCGGAAGCUCGGGCGAAAACUCAAAAAAGCAAUUACUUUUCCCUGGUGAGGCUUUUGAAGGAUCAUUAAUAGCGACAUGAUUCCACUUGCAGCCCUAUAGAGAUCGGUUCCACUCUCUUCCCCUUAACAGUUGUGGUCUUUUCACUUUCCUAUGCUGUUUAAGUGCCAGAAUGAGUGACCGCUAUCUAGAACAAAGGAUUAGUAUCAAGUUUUGCGUGAAAUUGAACAAGUCUGCAAGUGAGACCCACCACCUUUUGAAAGAAGCUUAUGGGAAUGAAGUCAUGUCAAGGGCCCGAGUUUUCGACUGGCACAAAAGAUUUAAAGAAGGGCGGGAAGACGUUCGAGAUGACGCCCGGAGUGGUCGUCCAGUCACCCACCGGACGGAUGAAAAUAUCCAGAAGGUCAAGGACUUGGUUUGUUCAAACAGGCGGUUGACGGUGAGGAUGAUGGCCGAAGAGUUAAAUUUAGAUAAAGAAACCGUUAGACUCAUUUUGAAAGAAAACUUGAAUAUGAGGAAAGUUUCUGCAAAAGUUAUAUCAGGUAUUUUGAAGGAUGAACCUAAGCCUCGGAGAUUUGACUUUCAGUCUGAUCUUUCAACGGAAACUAGGAAAAAUAGCUCGUGUGUAAGGAAAAAGAUAACAAGUUCUGAAACAUGGACUCAUCUCCAGUGUGAAGCUGGUGGGGAAAUACCUCUGCCUGUAUCCCAUCCCCAAAACCACUACCCUGCCAGCCAGCUUCUGCAGGCAUCCUCAUCAACAAGCCUUCCCCCCAGGGCAGCUCAGGAUUGGUUCACCCCAUGGUGAAAGGAAUGUGAGGUAGCUGAGCCUGAGCUAGAAAGCUGCGUCACAGGCACCUUCAUUUGCUGCUCAUCCAUUUUCAGUCUUCACCCGCUCCUUCCCACGUUACCACCCUCCUAGUUACCCUUGCUGGACUACUGGGCCGUCUUCCAAUUUUGAGGAACUUUUGCCUGUUGACUUCUGGAUUUAUGGAAUGGAACUUUUCCCAAGUGGAUUCCAAGUAAUACCACAUAGACUGGAAACAUCUCAGAAAUGCCUGAUGGAGGUGCAGUGGAGGAAAGGGCUGGAGUGAGCCUUCCAAAGAUGCUGGACAAAGACCAUGCUGGAUCAUAGGGUACCAGAAGCAUUGUUGGCCCAGACAGGGUUUAGACACAGCAACCGGAAGCAGCCCAGGAUCCCUGGGACAGGAAGCAGCAGCAGUUAAACAGUCACACAUCCGUGCUCCAGCAAGUGAACUGAGGUGCAUCCAACUAAGGAGCAGAUCCAGGACCAGAGGACAUAAAAUUAUCCGGGAGUAGGGCCAGGAAGGUGCUGAUAGUUGAGAUUUGGGAAGCAGAAGUGAAUCAGCAGCCAUUGAUCACUGAAGUCAUGGACAGAUGUGGAGGUGCCAUCCAGCUUGUCUUCACUCUCCUCCACUCUAUACCCAGACUCUGCUGGUCAAUAGAAGCUCCAAGCCCACCACCAGACCCCUGGUUAUGGACCCACAGCCUUCUCCUGUAGACUUCUCUAUCGGUGCCCCCUUCACAGCCCCCUGUCAGCUGGAUGUGCUUGACUUGUGGGAUUGACUGGUUGGUGACUCCCCUGAUCACCCCCCUUUCAGAACCACACUGCCCCAGCCCCUCUCGCAAUUGUUUAAGUUCUAAUUUCUAUAACAAAUCCCUUAUGCCACAACUCAUAGUAAUUCUACUUCCUUAGCUGAAUGCUGACUGAAAUACUGUGCUUUCCCCAAAGAUGAAAAUAAUUGAGUGGAGGGAAGAACAGACUAAGUUCAGAAGUCUAGCUUCACCAGUAACUCCAUGACUCCAAUGUCCCUGAACUUCGUAGUUCAGUAAAUAUUUGUUGAAUUAAAUUUUUAGCUUGCUUCUGGUUCUUCAUUGGUACAAAUAUAAUUGUACAGAAUAGUUUCUGGGGAAGAGAUUUUUUAAAUUGUUUUGUUUUGGGCGCCUGGGU